CUGCGAUUCUACCCACGGCUCCCUUCGCAGAUGGAAGAAAGCCCAGCUGCGCCACACCCGAGCCGGCGGCUGCCCGCGGGUUUCCUAUUACUUCGGGGCAUGACUCAACGCUGGUGUCUUCUCCUGGCCACCGGGGUGGGCGGUGCUCUCCCUCGCCUCUCCUUCCAUUGGCUGCCGGAGUUCGGCGCCCACUCCGCAUUGGCCGCCCUUCUCCUCGGCGGCGGGUCUCCAAGCGAGCGCCGCUCCGAGUCCCCUUUUGGCUGCGGGGCUGCAAGUUGCGGGCCGCUUGUUUUGCAGCUGAACCGAGAGGGCGAGGAGGGGAGCUCGCGGGAAACGGGGUCUCUCCCUUCAUCCUCUGAGGGAAGGGUGGGAAACAAGGAGAGCGCGGGUGGAAAGGACCCGAGCAGAGAUUGGGAGCGCCGCGAAGUUCGCUUCAAGUCUCGGGGGGCAGCAGCAGUAGCAGCCGUCGACGGCGGCGGCGGGACCAUGACGAGACUCGCCCUCCUGGUGCCUUUCGCCGCGCUGGUGCUGCUGGCGGGACGCGGCCGAGGACAAGAUCUUGACUUGUCAGAUGCAUUUGGCGAUCCGACAGAUGUAACACAGAAGCCAAUUCCACCAAACAAAAAGCCAACACAAAAUCCGACAGAUGUAACACAGAAGCCGAUUCCACCUAACAAAAAGCCAACACAAAAUGAUGAUGAUGGCUUUAACUUGGAAGAUGCCUUUGGUGUGGAUGACCCCAAGAAGCCAGAGCCACCAGCACCACCUCAACCAAAUCCUGGAAGUCAUGGCAAUACUGGUGAUUUUAGUGAUUUGGAUUUAAAUGAUGGUCAGGCACCUGCAGAUCCACCAAAAGGCCGUGCUUCUAACCCUUCUGCAGGUUCAGACUCUGGUGGCAAGGCAGAAGAAAAUCCAGGAAUGUUAGCUGGAAUUAUUAGCUCAGUACUUAUAGCAGUAACUGGGGCUGUGUCAGCCUUUGUAGCCCACCAGAAGAAAAAGCUCUGCUUCAAGCAAGUGAUGAAGAAAAUGUUAAUAUGCAAAGUCAACAAGGAGCACAUUCAGAACCACCUGUUCAACGCACACUUUUGCAGAAAACAGUAGCAUCAUUUAAGAUUAAGCGAAGGCCAGAAAACUGGACAGAGGAAUCUGUGUAUUUCCCU